AUGAAUAAAUUUAAUGAAAAGAAACUACAGCAAAAUCCCUCUUUGGCUUACACAAGCAAUCCCGAUUUUAGAAAAGCACCGAAAGUCGCUAACCCGUAUUUACAAUGCUUAGGAGCACCUCAUACAGAUUCUUUCAAUUAUAUGGUAACAGAUGGUCUGAAAGCAGCAAUAGCAGAUCUUGUACCUGUCGAAUUUGAGAUGCCAAGUGGGGAGAGAGUGAAAAUUGUCAUAGACGAUGCAACAUUCUCUAAGCCACAUGUUCCAAUGGAGAGUGUUGGUGUUAAAAAUCAUAGAGUACUCCCCACUGAAUGUAGACAAAGAGCUGCUACUUACAAGGGUGAUUUUAAAGUGAGAAUGACAAUUACAUAUGAUGGAAAGGUGGUAACCGUUGAUCGUUCACUUGGCCAUCUACCUAUAAUGCUUAAGUCAAAAAUGUGCCACUUAGAUAACAUGUCACCAGAAGAAUUAGUUAAACACAAUGAACAUGCUGACGAAUGGGGUGGCUACUUCAUUGUCAAGGGUCAUGAACGUUUGGCACGAAUGUUGCUGGUCACACGACGAAACUACCCAGUCGCAAUAAAAAGGUCUGGAUGGAAAACUCGGGGCAACUUCUUUACUGAGUUUGGUAUACUCAUGCGGAAUGUGAAGGUGGACCAGACGGCUACGAAUAAUGUCCUUCACUUUCUCCAAAAUGGCUCAUGUAAGUUGAUGUUUUCUCAUCGCAAAGUGAUGUACUACGCGCCAAUGCUGCUCAUAAUAAAGUGCUUAGUGGACUGGCCUGACCAUUACAUCUACCGGCUGCUGCUACAUGGAAAGAAGAAUGAUUUAUAUUAUGUGAACUGCAUUCAAAACAUGCUUAGGGAAUUACACGAACAAAAUCUUCAUACAAGUGAUGAGUGUCGCGCGUACGUCGGGAAAAUGUUUCGCGCGAAGAUUCUAGAACUACCCCCAUGGGCGUCUGAUUUGGAAGCCACGGACUUUCUGCUCCGGCGCAGCGUAAUGAUACACUUGGAAGAUUAUAAGGAUAAAUGCCACGCGCUUAUAUAUAUGACACAAAAGCUGUAUGAUUUGGUGCAGGGGAAAUGUAGGGUAGAGGGCGCUGAUGCAGUAAUGGUCCAAGAAUUACAAGUCGGCGGUCAAUUGUACCUUCAAAUAUUGAAGGAGAGACUCCAAAACUACAUAAAUAUGAUGCGAUACGGGUUCUUAAAACGCGAUAAGGCUAUUGUCGGACAGGCUGAUAUUCAGCAAAUAAUCAAGAUGGCGGGUUCGCUGGAACAAAAGAUGGAGACGUUCCUUUCCACCGGCAAUGCUCCGUCGAACAAUGUGAACUUGCCCCAAUAUAAGGGUCUGACUAUCGUAGCUGAGAAUAUUAAUAGACAACGAUAUAUGUCGCAUUUCAAAGCGAUACAUCGUGGGUCCUUCUUCUUGGAGAUGAGGACGACAGAAGCUCGACAGCUGCUACCUGACGCUUGGGGAUUUGUGUGCCCUGUCCACACUCCUGAUGGUUCCCCUUGUGGUCUGCUCAAUCAUCUUACUGCUACUGCGCAGGUGACAUCACAUCUAGGACCAGAUGCAACUAAGGAUUUACCUAACGUUCUUGAAAAAUGUGGAAUGGAACCGAUUAGCUGGGUGACACAGACGCCCAUAGAGAAAGACGUUUACAAGUACCCGGUGUUCAUAGACGGACGUCUAGUCGGCUACUUCGCUGAGGACUUGGUCUCUAACUCCGUGGCGUACCUUCGUACCCUGAAAGUCAAGGGCGAGGACGUCCCAAUUAGCACGGAAAUUGUUCUAAUACCAAAACUAGAGACACCGGCACAAUAUGCGGGCGUUUUCCUAUUCACGAACGAAACGCGAAUGAUGCGGCCCGUUAUUAACUUAGCGACGGGUCAGCUGGAAAUGAUCGGGACCAUGGAACAACUGUACCUGGAUAUCGCUGUCUCACAAGCUGAGAUUAUCAAAGGUAAAACCACGCAUUUGGAGUUGUCGAAAUCGGCGUUCAUGAGUAAUUUGGCUCAACUGGUCCCGAUGCCAGACUGCAACCAGUCCCCCAGGAACAUGUACCAGUGUCAGAUGGGUAAACAAACGAUGGGCACACCCAUCCACACGUGGACCACAAACAGUGAAACGAAGAUGUACAGGCUUCAAACCGGGGCCACGCCUCUCUUCAGGCCGCUGCAUCAUGACCUCCUGAGUCUCGACGAUUACCCCUCUGGGACGAACGCGAUUAUAGCCGUUAUAUCGUAUACGGGUUACGAUAUGGAAGACGCAAUGAUUAUAAACAAGUCUGCGUACGAGAGAGGCUUCGCCGCUGGUACCGUGUACAAGUCUAAUGUUAUUGAACUGAAGACUAUGAGCUCCUACUUCAUUCGAGACCCGAAUAAGCCCGAAUUAGCUGAGUAUAUGGACGAGGAUGGGCUACCGGCCGUUGGCGCAAGAAUAAACACCGAUAAUCCGUUUUAUUGUUUCUUCGAUGGCGACACUAAUCGCUUCAUGGUGACCAAAUACCAGGGUAAAGAGGAAGUAUUCGUGGACAGCGUGAGGCUGUGCGGAGACUUCUCUCCCCGAGCGUGCAAGAAGGCCAUCGUCAUGCUUAGGAUUCAGCGUAAUCCAACAGUGGGUGACAAGUUCGCCUCUCGGGCCGGCCAGAAAGGUAUCUGCUCGCAGAAGUGGCCGGCCGAGGACCUGCCCUUCACGGAGUCAGGGCUGAUACCGGACAUCCUGUUCAACCCUCACGGGUUCCCGUCUCGGAUGACCAUCGCUAUGAUGAUCGAGUGCAUGGCGGGGAAGGCGGCCUGUCUACACGGACAUGUACACGACGCCACGCCGUUCCGUUUCAACGAAAAGGACACAGCGAUAAAUUACUUCGGACGUUUGCUAGAAGCCGGCGGUUACAACUACUACGGCACCGAGAGGAUCUACAGCGGCGUGGACGGACGAGAAAUGGAAGCGGACAUCUUCUUCGGCCUAGUCCAUUACCAACGGCUGAGGCACAUGGUGUCUGAUAAGUGGCAAGUGCGCACCACCGGAGCCAUGGACGCAAGGACCCGACAGCCAGUGAAGGGUCGUCGGAGGGGUGGUGGAGUCAGGCUGGGGGAGAUGGAGCGGGACGCGCUGAUAUCACACGGGGCGGCGUUCAUGCUGCAGGAUAGACUGUUCCACUGUUCUGAUAAGAGCCAGGCUCUGCUGUGUACGAUAUGCGGGACCCUACUCGGCCCGAUCUCAGUGAUGACCAGCGCAAACGAAGACACUUGUCGUCUCUGCAAGAAGGGCAACCUCGUCACCAUAUCUAUUCCGUACAUCUUCAAGUUCUUUGUUACGCAACUUGCGUCUGUCAACAUCAAUGUCAAAAUUAAUUGUGUCAAUACUUUAGCUAUCACCGCUAGUUGA